CUCUCUUCCACUCUACCUCUCAUUCUCUUCUCUCUCUCCUCACAAAGCACAGCGAAGUCUCUCCGUCACAACUUGCAGAGCAUCCGAGGCUCGGCACACAGGCUGAUGACGUUAUGAGAAAUGAUGACAGUUGUGCUGUACGACUCGACAGCAUGGGCGUCUCACACAUCCCUGCGUGUGUUUAAUCUGACCUGAUAAGCCUAAGCGUAGCGUUUAGCAUGUUGCACGGAGGUGUGUAUGUGCGCUGCUAUGAGGAUUGUGGAUCAUAAAGAGCGAGAGAGAAGAGCAGGAGAGCACUGAGAGCACUGGGAGCGCUGCUGAUUCAUUGCAGGACUCACCUUGGAGCCUUGUCCAAUGUGGAGUGAAGAAUGUUCUCUUUAGGAGGUUCUAAUCCCUCCUACCGUGUAGGAUUCAUGGCCAGGAUGCCAGUUCUGCCCUUCAGCAGCAGACCCGAGGUUGUUGGUGUUCAUCUGGAAACUGGUCUCCACUGAGCCGUGGGAUUCACUUUAAGAACAGUAAUUUUUUUUUUUAGAUUUUUAGGAACCAUUAGCUUCAUCAUGGUGCUGCGACUGUGUCCCCUUACGCGCCUGAUCUGGAUCGGACUUUUUGUGUGCACCCUGGUGGACGCCAGUGCCAGCUUGAAGUUCUCCGGUGCUGACGGCCAGUGGAUGGCGUUCCCCAUGUGGAAUGCCUGCUGCGAUAGUGAGAUGAGCUUCAACAUGAAAACCAAGAGCUCCCGUGGACUCCUGGUGUACUUCGACGACGAGGGCUUUUGCGAUUUCUUGGAGCUGCUCAUGAACAACGGCAAGCUCAGUCUCCGCUUCUCGAUCUUCUGCGCCGAGCCGGUCGCCGUACUCUCGGAUGUACUGGUCAACGACAGCCAGUGGCACACCGUCAUGGUAAAGAGGAACUUCCAGAACACCACACUCAUCGUGGACAACGAGGUCAAGUGGGUAGAGGUGAAGUCCAAGCGACGGGACAUGACCGUGUUUAGUCACUUGUUCUUGGGAGGGAUACCUCCGGAGCUACGGUCCAUGGCGCUACGUCUGACGUCGAAUGAAGUGAAGGAGCAAGUUCCCUUUGAAGGCUGGAUAACUGACUUGAAAGUUAAUGACUCUGUGCCUGUUAUGCUGAACAGUGCAGGAGUGGACAGUGAUGCGUGCGAUGAUGAGAACAUUUGCUUUAAUGGAGGAGUUUGCAACGUCAUCGACAACGAACCCAUAUGCAACUGCUCCGAGACGGGAUUUCAGGGAAAGGACUGCACUGAAGAAGACAACCGUGUUGAAGGUCUGGCACACCUGAUGAUGGGAGAUCAAGGUAAAAGUAAAGGAAAAGAAGAAUACGUGGCGACCUUCAAAGGUUCUGAGUACUUCUGCUAUGACCUGUCGCAGAACCCGAUACAGAGCAGCAGUGACGAGAUCACGCUCUCGUUCAAAACCCUGCAGAGGAACGGACUGAUGCUGCACACGGGAAAAUCGGCGGACUACGUCAACCUGGCACUGAAAAACGGGGCGGUUUCGCUUGUCAUUAAUUUGGGGUCCGGGGCCUUUGAAGCCCUGGUGGAGCCGGUCAAUGGAAAAUUUAAUGACAAUGAUUGGCAUGAUGUCAAAGUAACAAGGAAUCUCCGUCAGCAUUCAGGCAUUGGACACGCUAUGGUUACGAUAUCCGUGGAUGGAAUUCUUACCACCACGGGAUACACGCAGGAGGACUACACCAUGCUAGGCUCGGACGACUUUUUCUAUGUCGGAGGAAGCCCUAGCACUGCCGACCUGCCCGGAUCCCCUGUUAGCAACAACUUCAUGGGCUGCUUGAAGGAGGUGGUUUAUAAAAACAAUGAUGUUCGGCUGGAGCUCUCCAAGCUGGCGUUGCAGGGUGACCACAAGAUGAAGAUUCAUGGUGUGGUGGCCUUCAAAUGCGAAAAUGUAGCCACUCUAGAUCCAAUCACCUUCGAAACACCAGAAUCCUUUAUCACAUUACAUAAGUGGAAUGCUAAGAAGACCGGCUCUAUAUCCUUUGACUUCCGCACUACUGAACCCAACGGGCUUCUUCUGUUCAGCCACGGCAGGCCGAAACAACAGACCAAGGAGGCAAAGAGUCCCAUCACUCUUAAGGUGGACUUCUUUGCUAUCGAGAUGCUGGACGGUCAUUUGUACCUGCUAUUGGACAUGGGCUCGGGCACCACCAAAACACGAGCGGUUAACAAAAAGGUGAACGAUGGGGAGUGGUACCAUGUCGACUUCCAGAGGGAUGGAAGAUCAGGUACGAUCUCGGUAAACACCAUCCGCACGCCCUACCAGGCCCCGGGUGAGAGCGAGAUCCUCGACCUGGAUGAUCACCUGUACCUCGGUGGGCUUCCCGAGAACCGAGCAGGUCUGGUGUUUCCCACCGAGGUGUGGACGGCGCUGCUGAAUUAUGGCUUCGUGGGCUGCGUACGCGAUCUGUUCGUCGACGGCCAGAGCAAGGAUGUCCGGCGCAUGGCCGAGGUCCAGAAGGCGGCCGGGGUGAAGCCGUCCUGCUCCAAGGAAGCGCCCAAGCAGUGCCUGAGCAACCCCUGUCAGAACACCGGCAUCUGCAGAGAGGGAUGGAAUCGAUACGUAUGCGACUGCGCCGCUACCGGGUUCCUGGGACGUUCCUGUGAGAGAGAUGCCACCAUUCUAAGCUACGACGGCAGUAAGUUUAUGAAGAUCCAGCUCCCGGUGGCUAUGCACACUGAGGCUGAGGAUGUCACGCUCAGGUUUAGAUCUCAAAGAGCCUACGGCGUCCUGGUGGCCACCACGUCCCGAGAUUCUGCUGACACGCUUAGAUUGGAGCUGGAGACCGGACGAGUCCGCCUGACUAUAAACCUAGACUGUUUCAGGAUUAACUGUACCUCCAGUAAAGGGCCUGAGACUCUCUUCACUGGACAGAACCUGAAUGAUAACGAGUGGCACACGGUGCGAGUGAUGAGGAGAGGGAAGAGUCUGCAGCUGGCUGUGGACGACUUACAGCCUGUCGAAGGUGAGAUCCCAGGUGACCACACCCAGCUGGAGUUUCACAACAUCGAGACAGGGAUCAUCACAGAAAAGCGCCACCUUUCCACCGUGCCCUCUAACUUCAUCGGCCACCUCCAGAGCCUGGUGUUCAACGGCAUGGCCUACAUCGACCUGUGCAAGAACGGGGACAUCGACUACUGUGAGCUGAACGCCAUGAUCGGCUUCAAGAACAUCAUCGCUGACCCUGUGACCUUCAAAUCGCGCUCCAGUUAUGUGUCCCUCAGCACGCUGCAGGCCUACUACUCCAUGCACCUGUUCUUCCAGUUCAAGACCACCUCCUCAGACGGCCUGAUCCUGUUCAACAGCGGGGACGGCAACGACUUCAUCGUGGUGGAGCUCGUCAAGGGCUACCUGCACUACGUAGCAGACCUGGGUAACGGUGCUCACCUUAUUAAAGGGAAUUCCAACAAGCCCCUAAAUGAUAACCAGUGGCACAAUGUCAUGAUCUCCAGAGACAUCAACAACUUGCACACGGUCAAGAUCGACACCAAGGUCACCACACAGACCACCGUCGGAGCCAAGAACCUCGACCUGAAGGGGGAUCUGUAUAUCGGGGGUGUGGCUAAAGAGAUGUAUAAAGAACUUCCCAAACUGGUUCAUGCCCAGGAGGGAUUUCAGGGCUGCCUGGCCUCGAUGGACCUGAACGGUCGACUUCCAGACCUCAUCUCCGACGCUCUGACCUGCGUGGGGCAAAUCGAGAGGGGCUGCGAAGGCCCCAGCACCACCUGUCAGGAGGACUCCUGUGCUAAUCAGGGGGUGUGUUUGCAGCAGUGGGAGGGCUUCAGCUGUGACUGCAGCAUGACCUCGUUUGGAGGACAUCAGUGCAGCGACGCCGGAACGACGUACAUAUUCGGGCGUGAAGGAGGUAGGAUUACAUACACAUGGCCGCCCAACGACAGGCCGAGCACCCGAGCUGACAGACUGGCGCUGGGCUUCAGCACUCAGCUUAAAGACGCCCUGCUCAUCAGAGUCGACAGCUCAUCCGGACUGGGAGACUAUCUCAAACUGCACAUCGAAAAGGGUCAUGUUGCGGUGAUCUUCAACGUGGGCACGGAUGACAUCAACAUCGAGGAGAAGUCCAAGUUCGUGAACGACGGCAAGUACCACGUGGUGAAGUUCACCAGGAGCGGGGGUAAUGCCACGCUGCAGGUGGAUGACCUGCCAGUCAUUGAGCGCUACCCCACAGGCAACAUUGAUAACGAACGACUGGCGAUCGCUAGGCAGCGAAUCCCAUAUCGACUCGGUCGAGUAGUUGACGAAUGGCUACUCGACAAAGGUCGGCAGCUCACCAUUUUUAACAGCCAGACUACAAUCCAGAUUGGAGGCUGGGAGCGAGACAGGAGUCGCUCCUUCCAAGGCCAGAUGUCGGGCCUCUACUACAACGGGCUCAAAGUGUUCAACAUGGCAGUCGAGGGCAACCCGAACGUCCGCGUCGAGGGCAGCGUGAGGCUGGUGGGGGAAGCGCCUUCAUCUUCUUCGUCCUCCUCAUCCUCCUCCUCUUCCUCCUCUUCAAUCACGCCCCAGUCCAACGCCUCCACCUCUAUCAUGGAGACCACUACGACAACCACCAGCAGCACCACCACCACAGCCUCUGGCCGCAGGGUCAAGCAGACCACGCCCAGAGAUACGCAGCAGACGACAGAUGACCUGUUGGUGGCGUCUGCCGAGUGUCCGAGCGACGACGAGGAUAUCGACCCGUGUGAGCCGAGCUCAGGUGGGUUAGCGAGCCCAACAGGUCCAGGUCUGAAGGCAUACCCCGACCCGGUGGAGGUGGUCCGGGAGUCCAGCAGCACCACAGGUAUGGUGGUGGGUAUCGUGGCGGCAGCCGCUUUGUGCAUCCUCAUCCUACUCUACGCCAUGUACAAAUACCGCAACCGGGACGAGGGCUCGUACCGCGUGGACGAGAGCCGCAACUACAUCAGCAACUCUGCGCAGUCCAAUGGCACCGUCCUAAAAGAGAAACCAGCCAACGUGGCCAAGAGCACCGCUAAGACCAAGAAAAACAAGGACAAGGAGUACUAUGUUUGAUCGCUCUUUCACUGGACAUGCUCCAGGACCAUUUUUUUGAGGACCUUACAAAUAAAAUACUGGAUUUUUGUUUUGUUUUGCUUUGUUUUGUUUUUUCCCUCUCUCGAUCUCUCUCUGAAAGAAUACUACAAAACCAUAUCCUGUGUAUAAUAGCAAGAACUUGUGGGGGGGAGGGGGGGCGACUGAAAGGAUAAUUGCUUUGAAAAAAAAUUUAGCCGGUUUAUCUAAAAUAUUGCAUUACAGUGCAGAUUGAAGGUUUCUCUCAUGUCCGGAUGGCAGGGACAGGAGGUAAGCGGGAGGCAGGACGGUGCUGGCGUGGCUUCAGCUGGACAAGAGGACGUCUGAGGAAAACAUAGCUGAUUAAAUACCUAAUAAUUAACUGCAAAGCAGAUUAUUAAUAUGAAACCCAUCUGCACCUCAAGUGACCGGCCAACAAAACACCGCGCUUAUGUGCAAGACAGACGGAACCAUCCGCUUAUGUGUCGAUUAUGAAAGGAACCUUUUUUUCCCACGAUAAAAGCAGUCCAGUUAUAAAAAGCUUGUAAUCGCUCCUUGCACCGAAACGGACCAGUAAAGACGCUCAUGAGCCUCCCGACAUCUAACAAGGGUGCAAACUGCCGAAAGCCUGCCGGCGUGAGAAACCCAAAAGCAAUCUCGAAGCAAUCUCAACGCCUUAUGUUCUCAGCUGGAGGAAAACUUAAGGCCAUUUAACAGUGGAAACACACACAAAAAAAAAGCGACCGUUCGAGAAACUCUUGAUGCACGUAACAGUAUCUUAUUACAUAUGUUUAUACACCCACAUCUAAGUGUGCUCUCUGGACUGUGACAGUGGUGUUUUAUAGCCUGUUGUAUAGACGCAAAAUUAUACCUGCUCCUCGAUCAUGUUUUAUUUUUUUCAGUAAUAAAAUGUUUCAAAAAAAAAGAAAAAAAAGAAAAAGUAAGUGUUAGUAAAUGUUGCUAGAUAUAGAUUUUAUCAUGAUGCAAGCGAAGGCUAAUUUGAGUUGCUUUCAUCAGUUUAUCUUUAAGGCUUUACCCAGACUUCAUGCUAAACGCUAAACCAAUGUUACAGCCCUAAAUUUUGUCUUGUUCAUGAAUGAGAUGUGCAAAAGACUAAACAAGUCUCAUAGUGAUGAAUGGUAUCCCGUAUUUCUGAAAAAAAAAGUUUAAAAUCUGCACUCUAUUAAUAAUCCAUUCACCAUUUGUGUGUGUGUGUGUGUGUGUGUGUGUGUGUGUGUGUGUGUGUGUGUGUGUGUGUGUGAUUGAGUCCUGUCUUCCGGUCUUUAUAUCAUCCAUAUCUGUUUCUACCCAUGGGAUGAGCAAAUCAGAAGAAAAAGUCCAGACUAUGAGCUAAACCUGCAUUAAGUGCAUCUACGUUUGGUUUAUUUUCUAAUUCUAUCAGUGCUAUUCUUUUUCUACAGUAUUUUCUGUUCAAAUUGUGGAGAUUCUUUAUUGACCUCAAAGUACACAAUUUAUUAUAAAAAAAAUAGUUUUGGAAAAUUAAAUGAGCAAAUAAAAUAUUACCUAAGUGAACAAA